UUGCCGUACAUGGCGCUGCAGCAGCAUCAUCUCCUGUCAGAUAUAACAGUCCGCGGCUUUGUUGCAGGAGCCACCAAUAUCCUGUUCCGUCAGCAGAAACAUCUGAGCGAUGCAAUUGUGGAAAUAGAAGAUGCUCAUGUACAAAUCCACGAUCCAGAACUCCGUAAGAUCCUCAACCCAACAACUGCUGACCUAAGAUUUGCAGAUUACUUGGUAAAGCACGUUACUGAGAACAGAGAUGAUGUUUUCCUUGAUGGUACUGGAUGGGAAGGAGGAGAUGAGUGGAUCAGGGCUCAGUUCAGUGCUUAUCUUCAUGCACUGCUCUCUGCUGUGCUGCAACGAGACAACGAGAAGACUUUGUCAGACUUUGGAACGGCAUUUGUAGCAGCCUGGAAAAAUACACACAACUACAGAGUAUGGAAUAGCAACAAGCAUCCAGCUCUUGCAGAGGUAAAUUCUAGCCACCCAUUCCAGGGGCAGUACUCUGUAUCAGAUGUUAAAUUAAGAUUGUCACACUCUGUGCAAAACAGUGAACGAGGAAAGAAGAUUGGAAAUGUGAUGGUUUCCACGAGCCGAAAUGUUGUACAAACGGGAAAAGCUGUAG